CAGCGCCGUGCGUUUGAACGGGAGAGCAGGUUGAGGCGGCGCUGGACGGGACCGAGUUGAACCCGGUGCCCCGUGGGUCACUGCCUUUGAUGGUGAGCAGAAAGUCAUCUAACAAUGAGCUACUGGAGUCUGGAUAAGAAAAGCUGUCUGCAGUACUGCAGGCACUUCUUAGUGGACAAUGGUGUGUUUCAUGUUGAAAGAUGCAUGAGUGUUAUGCAGUCUGGGACUCAGAUGGUUAAGCUGAAGAGUGGAACCAAAGGGCUAGUUCGGCUCUUCUACCUGGAUGAGCACAGGACCUGCAUCCGAUGGAGACCGUCCAGAAAAAGCGAAAAGGCAAAAAUUGUCAUCGAUUCCAUUUACAAAGUCACUGAAGGCCGUCAGUCUGAAAUCUUCCACCGCCAUGCAGAGGGGAACUUUGACCCAAGCUGUUGCUUUAGCAUUUACCAUGGCAACCACAUGGAGUCACUGGAUCUGAUUACAUCUAACCCAGAGGAAGCUCGUACCUGGAUCACAGGACUGAAAUAUUUGAUGGCUGGAAUAAGUGAUGAGGACUCGCUUGCUAAGCGACAGAGAACACACGAUCACUGGGUCAAACAGACCUUUGAGGAGGCUGACAAGAAUGGAGAUGGCCUGCUGAAUAUUGAAGAGAUCCACCAGCUGAUGCAUAAACUAAAUGUGAACCUGCCCCGCAGGAAGGUCCGGCAGAUGUUUCAGGAAGCAGACACAGAUGAGAACCAAGGAACCCUCAAUUUUGAAGAAUUUUCAGUGUUUUACAAGAUGAUGUCCUUACGCCGAGAUCUCUACUUGCUGCUCUUAAGCUACAGUGACAAGAAGGAUCACCUCACUGUUGAAGAACUUGCUCACUUUCUAAAGGUGGAACAAAAGAUGAAUAAUGUGACACCGGAAUAUUGUCUUGACAUCAUACAGAAGUUUGAAGUAUCAGAAGAAAAUAAGAAGCAGAAUAUUCUUGGGAUUGAAGGUUUCACCAACUUCAUGCGCAGUCCUGCUUGUGACAUAUUUAAUCCACUGCAUUGUGAAGUGCAUCAGGAUAUGGAUCAGCCGCUUUGUAACUACUUCAUUGCUUCAUCUCACAAUACGUACCUGACAGGAGACCAACUGCUCUCCCAGUCCAGAGUGGAGAUGUAUGCACGAGUGCUGCAAGAUGGCUGUCGAUGUAUUGAAGUGGAUUGCUGGGAUGGUCCAGAUGGAGAGCCAGUAGUGCACCAUGGCUAUACUCUUACUUCUAAAAUACUCUUCCGUGAUGUGGCAGAAACUAUCAAUAAGUACGCCUUCAUCAAAAAUGAGUUUCCGGUGAUACUGUCUAUUGAAAACCACUGCAGUAUUCAACAGCAAAAGAAGAUCGCUCAGUACUUGAAAGAGAUAUUUGGUGACAAACUGGAUUUGUCAUCUGUAAUCACUGGAGAUUCCAGACAGCUUCCUAGCCCUCAAAAUUUGAAAGGGAAAAUCCUAGUGAAGGGUAAAAAGUUGCCAUACAGUCUUGGAGCAGAUGCUGAGGAAGGAGAAGUUUCAGAUGAAGACAGCGCUGAUGAAAUUGAAGAUGACUGCAAAUUAAAGCCCUGCUAUAGUAAUGGUGCAACUGAGCACCAGGUGGAAUCUUUUAUAAGAACAAAAUUGGAAUCUCUGAUAAAAGAAUCCCAAAUCAGGGACAAAGAAGAUCCUGACAGCUUCACUGUGAGAGCCUUGCUAAAGGCAACGCAUGAGGGUUUAAAUGUUAACCUGAAGCAGAAUCUGGACACAAAAGAAGGUGGAAAAAAGUCUCAUAGUCGAUCAUUAAUGAGCAACUUUGGUAAACACAAAAAAGCUGUGAAGGCAACAUCCAAAUACCAUAGUGCAUCAGAUGAUGAAGAAAGCCAGCAAAACUCUUGUGGGAAGGAAACAGGACAGCUCCACAGACUGGCUCGUCGAAGAAAAACGGUGAAGCUGUGCCGAGCUCUGUCUGACCUAGUGGUGUACACGAACUCUGUGGCAGCCCAGGACAUAGUCGAUGACGGAUCAACAGGGAACGUGCUAUCAUUCAGUGAAACAAGAGCCCACCAAGCAGUGCAGCAGAAGGCUGAACAGUUUAUGCUUUACAACCAGAAACAGCUUACAAGGGUCUAUCCGUCAGCCUAUCGGAUUGACUCCAGCAAUUUCAACCCUUUACCUUACUGGAAUGUUGGUUGCCAGUUAGUGGCACUAAACUACCAAUCUGAGGGACGUGUGAUGCAAUUAAACGAUGCAAAAUUUAGGGUAAACGGGAACUGUGGUUAUGUCCUCAAACCUCAGCAGAUGUGCAAAGGCACAUUCAACCCCUACUCUGCUGAUCCACUUCCUGCCAGUCCUAAAAAGCAGCUUAUUCUGAAAAUCAUCAGUGGACAGCAGCUGCCUAAGCCUCCUGACUCAAUGUUAGGAGACAGAGGAGAGAUAAUAGAUCCCUUUGUUGAGGUGGAAAUUAUUGGGUUACCUGUUGACUGCUGUAAAGAUCAAACCAGGGUGGUUGACGACAAUGGGUUUAAUCCUGUUUGGGAGGAAACACUCACUUUUACUAUCCACAUGCCUGAAAUAGCUUUAGUGAGAUUUCUUGUGUGGGACCAUGACCCUAUUGGGCGAGACUUCGUUGGACAAAGAACUCUGGCCUUUAGCAGUCUUGUGCCUGGUUAUCGUCAUGUGUAUUUAGAAGGCCUGACAGAAGCAUCCAUAUUUGUUCAUAUAACCAUUAAUGAAAUCUAUGGAAAAUGGAGUCCUUUAAUCCUCAAUCCCAGUUACACAAUAUUGCACUUUCUAGGAGCCACAAAGAAUAAGCAGCUGAUAGGACUCAGAGGGUUGUUUAACAAGAACCCUAAGCACAAUUCUGCUGAAACCAGCGGGCACUAUGUACGGAAGCGAUCUAUUGGCGAUCGAAUUCUCCGGCGCACAGCCAGUGCACCAGCCAAAGGCAGAAAGAAAAGUAAGAUGGGUUUUCUGGAAACUACUGAAAUUAAAGACAGUGCAUCUGAACCAAUAGACUUGAAAGACAAAGAAGGAGUUGUACGGCGUGCAAGCCGGAGUUUGCAAGCACGUCCUGCUUCUAUGCCCGUGGACAAAUAUCUUCUCGUAGGACUGCCAUGCCCAGAAGAUGAAACUGCCCAGGAUGCCAAAGGAAAAGAAAACACAUCUGCCAACAGUGAUGAGAGUACAAAUGAGAAGGAAACAAACUUGAAAGAAUCUGGUUCUCCAUGUUCUGUGAAAACAACAAAUACUUCAAAUCCGACAUCUCAGUUUAAGAAGGAGAAUGACCAGGAGACUACAGUUGACUCUUUAGCGCCACCUCUGCAGGAGCAACAUGAAAAUUUAGUUUUUGCAAGUGAUGUAGCUGAAACAAAUCGCCUCAUAGGCUAUCAGGAAAAUAAUCUUUCUGAUGAAACUGUCCCUCUAAUGCAUGACUCUGAUUUUGGACUUUCUGCAGAAAAAACACAUGACAAAAACUGUGCAGACAAUAAAAAGGAAGAUGACACAAAAGGGUCUAAGGAGGAGAAAAGAACUCUUGUGGGGACUUCCCUUUCUCAAAAAGUAGGGAUGGAAAAUCAUAAAUAUGACAUCAUCAAGAAAAGCACUGCAGCACCUCUUUCUUUGACAGAUAUAUCUUCUGCCAUUUGCUCUGACGUUCCUGAUUUGCACUCCACUUUAACCACGCAAGACAGUGACAUUUCUCGCCUUAUAGAUGAAGUUUCUUUAGCGAAUGAGAGCGAGUUGGAUAGUGCUGUCUCAGCUCUGAUCGGACAGUUUGAGGUCACAGAUGACCAAACUAAUCUUACUGCGGUCUCAAGCCUCCAUGGCACCAGUAGCCAGACCUUCAGUGUGAUGGCUACACACCCACACGUGCUUACUGCGGAUCUUAACAGUCCCUGUAAGCACACCUUUACUACCACAAAAUCCAUCAAAUCCCCUUUAUUCUCAACUCCAGAUACUACCGCGUUCUCCAGCCCUGAGACUACAGAGUACUCUGUGUACACAAUUAUCCAUGAGGCAACUCUUACACCAACUUCUGACCAUAAGACCCACAGUGAAUUAGUUUGCAAGAACAAGUUAAACAGUAUAGAAGACAACUUGCCUAGCUGUCCUUGUCCUUCACCCCUCUCUUUGCUAAAUGCAAAUCCCAAAAGAAAAUGUGGAACACGCUGGGAAGCCCCCGAGUCUGCUAGUUCUUUUGCUUCCAAUAGCCUCAUCUUUGAGGAGACACUUGUUGACCCUCCCACUGGUGAAAAUUCAGAAAGCAGCAGUCUCAUAGAAGUAGAUGGAGAUCCUCAAGAUCUCUUGGUAACUGCAUCCGAGUACAAAAGGGAAGACAUGAGCCAGCUGGCUUCCCCUUUGAAACUGAGGCAAAGGCAGGAUUCUGGGCACGGUGGUGAGAGGACCUCUGGGAAUGGCGCGACUGAGCUCUGUGCUGCUGCCCUGGACUGCUCGGAUAACUUCGGGGCUGCAGGGACUCAGCUCCCUUUUCCAAUGCGUGAAAACGUUGGCUUUUUAUAUCAUCAUCAUUCAGAUAAGCAGAACAUAAUGUGUACCUCUGAGAGAUCCCAGCUCAACCUACGCUCACCGGUGCUCAAAAAUGCUUUGCCUUUCCCACCUCCUUCAGCCAUCAAGCAGGCUAGCCCUUGCAAAUCCAAAAGUCUUGGUGACUUGACAUCAGAGGAUAUUUCCUGCAAUUUUGAAAGUAAGUAUCAAUACAUAAGUAGAAGCUUUAUCUCAUCAGGCAUGAGAGACAAGAAACUUGCUGCUAUGAAGAAUAUGACACCGCAUUCUACGGACGCUCUGACAGAACAGCUGAGGAAGCUGGUGUCCCUGGACCAGGAGGACAGCCGUCAAACACUGUACUCCAGGCAGAUCGAUGAAGACUGCCCAAAGGCGCUGGUCAGAAAACUCUCAUCCAGAAGCCAGAGCAGAGUGCGGAAUAUAGCCAGCCGUGCCAAGGAGAGGCAGGAGGCCGCCAGCAAGCAAAAAUCUUCUAACACAAGUAGCAUAGCGGGUGUCGUCCUUCGGAACAAGCCUUCAGCAUCUCCUCAUGUUAUCAACAGGCAUUCAACGGGCUCGUACAUAGCCAGGUACCUGAACGGCUUCCCUGGGGAGGACGUGGAGGGUCGAGGAAUACCAGAGGGCGCGUGCGCCGCUUUGCACUACGGCUGUAGUGACCAGUUGUAUACACAUAAUUCUGUUCUGCAGCUGGAACCCGACAGUGAUGAUAAGCCUGAAAUUUAUUUCCUGCUGAGACUGUAGAUUGUAUAAAUGUACAUCUUCAAUGUUUACAAACUAUUUCAUUGAAAUGAAGGAUUUUUAGCAAGAAAUACUGUUUUGAGGGUUUAAAUUAUUUAGAAAUGCAAUUUCAUGCUAGUGAUUCAGUCAUCAUUUAAUGUGCCCUUUCCUGUCAAAGCUUAUGUAAAUAGAAACCAUGUUCCAUCCUUAUGUAUGUAUUACUUUGAUUUAAAAAUGAUAAAGUGUAGUAGUCUGGGGACUAUUUGCAUGCAGUGAGCAUUUGUAGCAUUUUGUAUUUGUAAUGCAUGUCAUUUUUAAGUCGAGCACAUCUGUGCUCAAAAGCCUAACAUUGCAAUGAAUACAAUAGUAUUCUCUUUUCCUGAUGUUCUGUCCUGCUGUUUGGAAAAACGUUUUUAGUGAUCACUUUUGGCCUUUCGUGCAAAUUCUACUGACCAUAGUGCUUUUUGUUAUUGGUAACGUCCUUGGGGUUAGACUCCUGAACUAGGACUCGUUCUAGCCAACAAGCAGCAGUUUUCUCUGACUUGUUAAUAUUAAUUUUACAUGUUUCCAUGUAUGAACUAUGAUUCUACAGCAAACAAUUUGUAGAAUUAGCAUUAGUCCAAAUUGGUGAGUAAUGUGUAGAUUUGUCUUCUGCCCACUCUAUGAAGUGUAAUAACAGUCGUCUUCCUUUUUGGUCACCGCGUCGAGUGCUUUUUUCAGGACAGAGUGGAAUGUGGGAGUAAUUCUGCAUUUAUGAAUGGAAAACGCUUAAUUUCUGCUUAUUUUGUUAUGUAUUUUUGUUAUUGGCUCUGUGUGUAGCUUCAGUACAGUAACAGAUCUGUUUUCUGUAUAUUUGUAAUUUUAUUGCUAAAUUGUUGACAGUCAGUGGAAUAUUUAAAGCUGGCAUGGUAGAGUAACUAUUUUCACUGUCCAUUUUCAUCUUUUUCUAUGAAUGCUGAAAGUGAAUUGAGUGAGUAAUCUCAAACACCUGAA